AUAUUCUUUUAUUUUUUAUCUUUAUUUAUUUAUACAUACAUAUAUGUAUAUACAUAUGUAUAAGUAUAUACACAUAGGCUUAAUGCUUUGGUUUUCUGAAAUAGAUAAGGAGUGAUUAAGUAUGAAGAUGUGUUCACUUUAGAAUAUUGUUAUAUGAAUUAUUAAAAACUAAGAACAAUUUAUUUAUAACAUAUUUAGAAAUAAAAGUUGAUAAUAUUUACAGUACUAAUAAAAAUUCAAUUUUAAAUUAAAAUGACAGGGAAGACAAUUAUUAUUGACUGUGAUGCUGGUGUAGAUGAUGCAUUAGCAUUAAUAAUAUUAAUUGCAGCUCAUAAGCAAAAACAAAUUCAAAUUAAAGCAAUUACCUGUGUAAAUGGAAAUACAGCACUAGAUAAUGUAAUUAAAAAUGUAUUUAGAACUUUAGAUGUUUGUGAAGCAACAGAUAUACCAGUUUUUAAAGGGGCACAUGCACCUUUGCUUUGUACUCCAAAUGUUGAAGAAGCAGUCAAAGACCAAUAUCAUGGAAGUGAUGGUUUUGGAGAUGUAUAUAACACCAAAGUAGACACAAGCAUAUUGCAAACAGAACAUGCUGUAUGUGCUUUAAAUAGAAUUACAUCAGAAUGUCCAAGUAAAAUUACCAUUGUAUGUUUGGGUCCUUUAACAAACAUAGCAUUAGCUAUGAAAAUGUACCCUACAUUUAUCAACAAUGUAAAAGAAUUUUAUAUUAUGGGAGGAAAUAUAACAGCAAAAGGCAAUGUAACACCUCAAGCAGAAUUCAAUUUUUAUAUGGAUCCAGAAAGUGUACAUAUAGUCUUUAAUAAUAAUACAAAACCUUUGUGGUUAUUACCAUGGGAAACAUGUUUGAAAUCCAAAAUUUCACAUGAAUGGCGAAAAAAUAUAUUAGGUCAAAUAGAUAAACCUUGCAUGGAGCUUAUGAAUAAUAUUGAAAAUGGCUGUUCAAAGAUAAGAAAGAAACGUUUCCCUACUUAUAUUGUGUGUGAUGCAAUUUUAGCUGGAAUUUUAGUACAACCAAAAAUUGCAGAAAAUAUAGUGUCGUAUCAUGCGGAUAUCGAAUUAAGCGGUAACAGAACUAGAGGUCAAGUUGUGCUUGAUCACCUACUGUCAAAUAAACCCAAUGUGUUUCUAAUUCAAGAUUUUAAUUCGGAAAUGUUUAAAGAACUUUUAAUAUCAUCUGUUAAUACUGAUUAUAAUAUAAUAAAUACAUAAUAAAAUGAAAUUAUAAUUACA